GUGUCAGACGUCACAUGUCGUCCAGGUCAUUUUGUGAGCAUGUAUUGUGAACGAAAGUAUAUAAAGUGACGUAAAUAAAACUAGAUGAAUUAAAUAAAAAUGUUUAUCGUGAAAGACUAGCUUUUCUACAAUUAUCACACAAUGUGGCAAGGAUGGUAUAAUCUUCGAAAAUUAUCAUUUUGGAAUGAAACGAAUAAAUAAGAAUGGAACUCAAGUAUGGAUUUGUAUACAUUAAUUGUUCAAUGCUUCAAUCAAUAUACCUGGAAGUUCAAUUGUAAAAGCCUGUCUCUCCCUGGAUCCGCUUUGCGAACAUUUUCCACUUGGCGGUCAUUUUUGUCUCUCUCCCCCCGAUUCUGCUUUGCGGACAUUUUUCCUUGAUUGGUCGAAAAAAGUGUCCGCAAUCAAGCUGUAGCCCCUUAUCCGACCGUAUAUCAAUAACGUCUCGUUCUAAUCUAAUAUAUGAAUUACUUCCUUGUUUCAUUUUUGAAGAAGCACGUCUUUAAAUAGAAUAAAAUAAUCUUCCUGUAGAUUAGUAAGAGCAGUUACGUCGUCUUUUAUAUUGAAAUUCCACAAGAAAUUGCGUUAAUAGUUUUUAUAAGAAUGAGAAUUGAAAUAUAAUAUAUUAUUAUUAUUCUAGAGUAAAAUUUUAUCAAAUUUAUGUGGUAGAAUUUCUCGUCCAAGUAAUCUUCCAUCAAUUAAUUUAAAUUUAAAUGAUAAUAUUGGUUGAUAAACAAUAACUUCACCAUCACAUUUUUUUUAUUCAAUUAACUAAGAAAAAUAAUUUCGAACAAAUUCAUCAUAGUAUUAAUGAAAUAUAUCUUGAACGUAUAUCAUGUGAUUAUAUAGUAUGUUUAAAUAAUUUUUUAUUAAAUACAUUUGGUGUUGUACGAAAUAAUUGUGAUCAACGUUUUUAUCGUGUAUAAAUUAUAAAUCAUGACUAUGCAUGUAAAACACUACUUGUAGUUUAUUAUGAUUUUGUUGAAAAUAUGUAACAAUACCAAAAUCAUCAACAUAUGAACUUAUACCUGAAUAUCAAAUAUAUCCAUCACAACUUGUAAAAUGUUCAUUAGAUUUAAUUCAUUCAAUUAAUGAAGAUUGGUCACCUGAAGCUAUUAAUCUAAUGCAUCGUUUUAUUGAUUGAAAACGUUUUAAAACAUUUCGAUUUUAUUCAUUGAAUACAUCAAUACAAAUAAUAAAGUAUAUAAAUCAUUUCUUUCAAUAAAAAGACAAAAAACAAACAACAAAUUUUUUUUUUCUCUUAUUUUAAAGAGUUGGUGAUUCACAAUUACCUAUCAUAUUAUAUAAUAUGAAUACAUCAAUUAAUUCAAUCAAUGAACAAUAAUUUAAAAACAAAAAAAAAUUGCAAUACCUGAUUGAAAUUAUAUGGAAUAUAUAUGUAUUGCUAAUGAUGCAAUGAAUUAUUUAAAUGGUUAAAAAAAUCAACGUAUUAAACAAUAUAUUGAAUCUCAAAGAAAUUAUACUCAACAACAAACUGAUAAAAUAUAAACAAUAUCAUCAGUUUUUAUUGAAAGAAAUUCAAUUGAUGUUCGAUAUGAACAACCACAAAAACAACCAAUAAAUAAUCUAAUUAUUAAUACAUCAAAUAUUGAACCACUUUCUCUACCUGAAUAUGAAGAAAAUUUACCAUAUUGUCCACCUGUUAUCGAACCUGAACUACGACAUAAGUAUGCUGUUGAAGUAACACAUAUGAAAUCAGCAGGUGAAUUUUAUAUUUAA